GAGAAGACAGCAGACACAGACGAUGAAAGAGUUAGCUAUCAUAAAAUAAAAAAGCAAAGAAAGUUUGAUCCUGAAUUGUGGGAUAAUGUUGUUGCAGAGAACGUUUCCUGUCUCCCAACCGGUAUUGAUGGACUUUGUGCAUACACGAUAAAGUGCAAAGCCACUGACAAAGUGAAAGUUAUUCAAACUGACGGUAGGAAGUGGAAGAAAAGUUCAGCUACUAGGUGGAAGAACUUUGGAGAAAUGAGGUAUGCAGACUGCCGGGGCUCAUACAAAUGUGAGAACAUUGACUGCCCAUAUAGGGUUCAAUAUGGAGUCAUAAACCGCAUGCAAAUGAAAAAACGUGAAGGUGUACAUGUUUGUGGGGUCUGUGAAGAUCCUGCCGUGUUUGUUGAAUGCGCUGCACGCCGCUACCUUCAGACAGGGAAAAAACACAUUAAGGUAUUUCACUGUGGAACACACACCUGCCCAGUGCAAGAAAAACCUGCCAAACCAGCAGAACGAGUGAAAGAAAUAUUGCAGAAAAAUCCUGAUAUGAAGCCGGCACAAGUCCAGUCAGCGUUUGUCUUAUCGGCAUUGAGAAGCGGCGAAGACUGGACUACGGUAGUAAGUGAGGCGUCGCAGAUAUUAGACAAGAAGUGGAUAGCGAACCAAAAGCAAGAUCUCAGAAAGAACACUUAUCCGUCGGGCGAAAAUUUUGAAGCUCUUGCCACCUUCAAAGAGUAUUGUGACAAGGAAGAUAAACUACUAGUGUUUAAGAUAAAUGAUCGAAGAUGCAACCCGGACCUACCAUCAUACGUGUUCAAGACAAGCAAAGCUCGCAUGCAAAUUGCAGAAAACAUGAAUAGAGACGGUAAGCACUUCAUGAGCAACGAAUAUUGUUUCUUCGACGGGAAAGUCAAAAGAUGUCGUAAUUAUGUUACACUCACGGCUAGUACGUACUAUCCACUACUUAAGCGGCAGAUAGUCUUGGCCGUGAUGGAAGCAGAAAGAGAAAAUUCUGAAAAUAUUGAGCAAUUUUGGACAUUGUUCAAUGAAGCAUUGAAACAUGCAACACAGAACAAAGAUGUAGUCUUUAAUCCAAUCGGAUGGUGUGUGGAUAUGGCGGGGUCAAACAUGAAUGGUUUAAAGGUGUUUGGAGAAGACGCUCUGCAGAGAAUAAAAAGCUGCGAGUUUCACUUUAAACAGAAUAGAAAUAAGAUGGCUCAAAAGCUGAGCAGUGACGAGGAUUCCCAAGAAUUCAAAACGCUCUGCGAUGGUUUACUUCUGGCAAAUAUAAGGGAAACAUAUGAUGCUGCAAAAGAUGCAGUUUAUCAGUUUAUUAACGCAAAGCCCGAGAGAGCCUUUCUGUCUACAUGGGUUGAUUGGUGGGACCAUCGCAGAGCAUUUAUAUUUCGUGCUUUCUCACCAAGCACGGAAGCUCCAAACAUGAACCUCGCGGAAGUCAUCCAUGCCAGUUGGGCGCACCGCGACCGAGCUAAUCUUUCUCUUCUUGAUGCUGCUCAGGCAGACACAAGAGACAGUGUCCUACUGGAAGCAGAGCUAAAAGCAUUCGAGAAGGGAAACAUGAAAGGAGGUGUUGGUCCAAGUUAUGUGGAACGGCGAGAGCGAACCCAUAAAAAAGAAGUCUUGCGUGCUGCUCAAGUUGGCAAAGAAAUCUCGAAACUACGAGGUAACUUAGUGGACCCUUCCUCUGGACACCGUCCUCCACUGGCAAAAACAGGCAACAAGAAGAAAAGGAACAACACUCGAUCUACUACAGGUUCCGACUUAUACAGCAACCCCACAGUUCCUUCUGCCCCCCAGUCAUGUCGGUCAUACACCAACCCAACUUGUAAUUCUGUCCCCCAAGAACCACACAGCAACCCGACUUGUCAUUCUGUCCCUCUACCACACAGUAACCAAACUGGUCAUUCUGUCCCCCUGCAGCACAACAUCCCAACAGGACAUUCUGUCCCCCUCCCACACAGUAAUCCAACUUGUCAUUCUGUCCUCCUUCCACACAGUAACCCAACAGGUCAUCCUGUCCCCCUACCACACGGUAACCCCACAGGUCAUCCUGUCCCCUUACCACACGGCAACCCAACAGGUCAUUCUGUCCCCCUGCCGCACAGCAACCCAAAUCCUGCCUCACAACACCCUACUAUGUGGCAUUCAGGUCUAUCACCGUUCCCUUACGAGUUAGUAAUACUGCCAAACAAUGUGAGAGUGUGUUAUGGUUGUUACGCUGCUUUUACAGACCAAUACCGCAAUUCGCCAUACAAUGUUGUGAUCAAGCAUUGCGACCGAAGGUUUAUACGGCGAGAUCAGGCAUCAGGGCAGCCAAUUUACUCAAUUGAUUUUCAAAACACUUAUUACCAUCUAGAUCGUAUGCACGUGCGGCGUAAGAAUCCACUUUUUAACGAUACCGUUCAAGUUUCCAUAGAGCUAUAUCAGUCCUUGGACUCCGCUCAAAGCGACUAUGUUUCAGCCAGUGGUUUACAGAUUAAUUUAGUUUAG